AUUGUCACAAACGUUUUAGGUGUAUGUAGUCGAGACCUAAAGUUUGUUUUCGUCUUGUCUGGUUGGGAAGGGUCGGCCACUGACUCUAGGAUCUUGGCGAAUGCCAUUUCAAGACCCGAUGGUUUGAAAGUCUCCCGUGGACAUUACUACUUUGUGGAUGCCGGAUACCAAAAUUCCGAGGGUUUUCUAGCACCGUACCGCGGGCAACGAUAUCACAUUAACAUUUGGAGGCAAGGUCACAUGCCAACUACGAAAGAGGAGUACUUCAACAUGAAGCACUCCGCUGCUAGGAAUGUGAUUGAGAGAAGCUUUGGUGUCUUGAAGAUGCGGUUUGCAAUAUUGAGGUCUCACUCGUAUUACCCCAUUAGGACUCAAACACGUAUCGUCACAGCAUGUUGCCUUCUCCAUAACCUCAUCAAAAGAGAGAUGCCCAAUGAUCCCAUUGAGAACGAGUACACAGCAUGGGAACGUGAUCACAUACACGAUGUCGAGCUAGAUGAUCACAUCACUACCAUAGAGACUUCCAAUCAAUGGACCGGGGAGAGGGAUGCAUUGGCUACAGCCAUGUACAACCAUUGGCUAGGAACUGGUGGGGGACAAGAGGUUUUCCCACCAUGA